AUGGUUAUAGAUGUAAAUACUGCAUUAUAUAUUACAAGUUUAGAUGGGGGAGUUAAUUCUAAUUUCAAUGCUGACUUAACUAUCAAUCAAAAUGCCACCUUGAUAUUUAAUAAUUAUAAUUUCAAUAUGAGAGGAAACCUUUUAAAUUACGGAGCUUUCUUUAUUAGGAAUAUCGGUGCAUAUCCAACUUAUUUGAACGGAGUGUCAGGAGCAAUGACUUUAGAUAUAAAUCAAGGAUAUAAUGGAAAUUCAAUUACCAAUUACGGAUCUAUUGUAUUUGCUGAUAAUCAAACCACCUGCAAUUCUCCUCAGUCUUGGUGGGAUGGAGGUCUGUUCUAUAAUUAUGGAGAUAUCUUUUUUACAGGAGGACAAAGUUGUUCCAAGGGUUCAUACUACAUUCAUCCAUUGAAUGGUUUAGCUAGCAAUUUUAUUAACACUGGAACUAUUACUUUUCAUCAACAGACUAUUCAAUAUGAUGUUUGGUGGAAUCCAGCCACUUGGUGGCCAAGUCCUACUUCAGGUUACGAAGGUACCGGGUGUAUCAAUGUUGGUCAACAAAGUACCUUUUCGUUGUUGUGUCCCGAUAGUUGGGGUUUAAACGGUGCGGCUCAAACUAUUUUUCUCAGCACAGAUUCAUCCAUUCUCGACAUCAAUGGUAUUCGUAUAGCUACCCAACCUUUCAUCGUUUAUGGUUGGGGUCUGGGAAAUAUUAUAGCUAUUAACAAUAAUAAUCCCACAUGGGUUUAUACUGGUGAUACUUUGUAUAUUAAUGCCGGUGAUACCUAUCAAUUUAUAGUUGGUACUGGAUAUGAUUCAAGUUUAAUCAGCUGGUCUUACGGACUGACAUCAUAUGAAGCCAACACCAACAGAGCAAUUUUCGUUUACUCAGGACCAGUUCCAAAUAAUUCGGCACCUGAAGUAUGUCAACCAUGUGUCAAUGAAGUACCUCAAGCUGAUGCGCAAUCUACUUAUACUACAAUUCCUUGGGACUCUAACGCAUCUUACAAUACUGAAGCUCCACUGUCAACUUCAGCCAAUGAUGACUACGACCUCACUGACUACAUCACCACCUGGACUACGACCAAUUCGGAUGGAUCAGUGACCACUAGUACAAUAGAAGUCAUCAUCACUACUGAUCCAGACGGCAAUCCCUUUACCACAACUCUCCCCAUUGGUCCUACUGAUGAUUAUACUACCACUUGGACUAGUACCAAUUCCGAUGGAUCAAUUAGUACUGGUGUUGGAGAAGUGAUUUUUAGUACUGAUUCCGAAGGUAAUGUUCAUACCACAACUUCUACAUUUGGUCCUACUGAUGAUUAUACCACCACUUGGACUAGUACCAAUUCCGAUGGAUCAAUUAGUACUGGUACAGGAUUUGUAAUUCUUUCCACUGAUUCCGAAGGUAAUGUUCAUACCGCAACUUCUACAUUUGGUCCUACUGAUGAUUAUACUACCACUUGGACUAGUACCAAUUCCGAUGGAUCAAUUAGUACUGGUACAGGAUUUGUAAUUCUUUCCACUGAUUCCGAAGGUAAUGUUCAUACCGCAACUUCUACAUUUGGUCCUACUGAUGAUUAUACCACCACUUGGACUAGUACCAAUUCCGAUGGAUCAAUUAGUACUGGUGUUGGAGAAGUGAUUUUUAGUACUGAUUCCGAAGGUAAUGUUCAUACCACAACUUCUACAUUUGGUCCUACUGAUGAUUAUACCACCACUUGGACUAGUACCAAUUCCGAUGGAUCAGUUAGUAUUGGUACAGGAUUUGUAAUUCUUUCCACUGAUUCCGAAGGUAAUGUUCAUACCGCAACUUCUACAUUUGGUCCUACUGAUGAUUAUACUACCACUUGGACUAGUACCAAUUCCGAUGGAUCAGUUAGUACUGGUGUUGGAGAAGUGAUUUUUAGUACUGAUUCCGAAGGUAAUGUUCAUACCACAACUUCUACAUUUGGUCCUACUGAUGAUUAUACCACCACUUGGACUAGUACCAAUUCCGAUGGAUCAAUUAGUACUGGUGUUGGAGAAGUGAUUUUUAGUACUGAUUCCGAAGGUAAUGUUCAUACCGCAACUUCUACAUUUGGUCCUACUGAUGAUUAUACCACCACUUGGACUAGUACCAAUUCCGAUGGAUCAAUUAGUACUGGUGUUGGAGAAGUGAUUUUUAGUACUGAUUCCGAAGGUAAUGUUCAUACCGCAACUUCUACAUUUGGUCCUACUGAUGAUUAUACCACCACUUGGACUAGUACCAAUUCCGAUGGAUCAAUUAGUACUGGUACAGGAUUUGUAAUUCUUUCCACUGAUUCCGAAGGUAAUGUUCAUACCGCAACUUCUACAUUUGGUCCUACUGAUGAUUAUACUACCACUUGGACUAGUACCAAUUCCGAUGGAUCAGUUAGUACUGGUACAGGAUUUGUAAUUCUUUCCACUGAUUCCGAAGGUAAUGUUCAUACCGCAACUUCUACAUUUGGUCCUACUGAUGAUUAUACCACCACUUGGACUAGUACCAAUUCCGAUGGAUCAGUUAGUAUUGGUACAGGAUUUGUAAUUCUUUCCACUGAUUCCGAAGGUAAUGUUCAUACCGCAACUUCUACAUUUGGUCCUACUGAUGAUUAUACUACCACUUGGACUAGUAUCAAUUCCGAUGGAUCAAUUAGUACUGGUACAGGAUUUGUAAUUCUUUCCACUGAUUCCGAAGGUAAUGUUCAUACCGCAACUUCUACAUUUGGUCCUACUGAUGAUUAUACCACCACUUGGACUAGUACCAAUUCCGAUGGAUCAAUUAGUACUGGUGUUGGAGAAGUGAUUUUUAGUACUGAUUCCGAAGGUAAUGUUCAUACCACAACUUCUACAUUUGGUCCUACUGAUGAUUAUACCACCACUUGGACUAGUACCAAUUCCGAUGGAUCAAUUAGUACUGGUGUUGGAGAAGUGAUUUUUAGUACUGAUUCCGAAGGUAAUGUUCAUACCACAACUUCUACAUUUGGUCCUACUGAUGAUUAUACUACCACUUGGACUAGUAUCAAUUCCGAUGGAUCAAUUAGUACUGGUACAGGAUUUGUAAUUCUUUCCACUGAUUCCGAAGGUAAUGUUCAUACCGCAACUUCUACAUUUGGUCCUACUGAUGAUUAUACCACCACUUGGACUAGUACCAAUUCCGAUGGAUCAAUUAGUACUGGUGUUGGAGAAGUGAUUUUUAGUACUGAUUCCGAAGGUAAUGUUCAUACCACAACUUCUACAUUUGGUCCUACUGAUGAUUAUACCACCACUUGGACUAGUACCAAUUCCGAUGGAUCAAUUAGUACUGGUACAGGAUUUGUAAUUCUUUCCACUGAUUCCGAAGGUAAUGUUCAUACCGCAACUUCUACAUUUGGUCCUACUGAUGAUUAUACCACCACUUGGACUAGUACCAAUUCCGAUGGAUCAAUUAGUACUGGUGUUGGAGAAGUGAUUUUUAGUACUGAUUCCGAAGGUAAUGUUCAUACCACAACUUCUACAUUUGGUCCUACUGAUGAUUAUACCACCACUUGGACUAGUACCAAUUCCGAUGGAUCAAUUAGUACUGGUGUUGGAGAAGUGAUUUUUAGUACUGAUUCCGAAGGUAAUGUUCAUACCACAACUUCUACAUUUGGUCCUACUGAUGAUUAUACUACCACUUGGACUAGUACCAAUUCCGAUGGAUCAGUUAGUACUGGUACAGGAUUUGUAAUUCUUUCCACUGAUUCCGAAGGUAAUGUUCAUACCGCAACUUCUACAUUUGGUCCUACUGAUGAUUAUACCACCACUUGGACUAGUACCAAUUCCGAUGGAUCAGUUAGUAUUGGUACAGGAUUUGUAAUUCUUUCCACUGAUUCCGAAGGUAAUGUUCAUACCGCAACUUCUACAUUUGGUCCUACUGAUGAUUAUACUACCACUUGGACUAGUACCAAUUCCGAUGGAUCAGUUAGUACUGGUGUUGGAGAAGUGAUUUUUAGUACUGAUUCCGAAGGUAAUGUUCAUACCACAACUUCUACAUUUGGUCCUACUGAUGAUUAUACCACCACUUGGACUAGUACCAAUUCCGAUGGAUCAGUUAGUAUUGGUACAGGAUUUGUAAUUCUUUCCACUGAUUCCGAAGGUAAUGUUCAUACCGCAACUUCUACAUUUGGUCCUACUGAUGAUUAUACUACCACUUGGACUAGUACCAAUUCCGAUGGAUCAGUUAGUACUGGUGUUGGAGAAGUGAUUUUUAGUACUGAUUCCGAAGGUAAUGUUCAUACCACAACUUCUACAUUUGGUCCUACUGAUGAUUAUACCACCACUUGGACUAGUACCAAUUCCGAUGGAUCAAUUAGUACUGGUGUUGGAGAAGUGAUUUUUAGUACUGAUUCCGAAGGUAAUGUUCAUACCACAACUUCUACAUUUGGUCCUACUGAUGAUUAUACCACCACUUGGACUAGUACCAAUUCCGAUGGAUCAAUUAGUACUGGUGUUGGAGAAGUGAUUUUUAGUACUGAUUCCGAAGGUAAUGUUCAUACCACAACUUCUACAUUUGGUCCUACUGAUGAUUAUACCACCACUUGGACUAGUACCAAUUCCGAUGGAUCAGUUAGUAUUGGUACAGGAUUUGUAAUUCUUUCCACUGAUUCCGAAGGUAAUGUUCAUACCGCAACUUCUACAUUUGGUCCUACUGAUGAUUAUACCACCACUUGGACUAGUACCAAUUCCGAUGGAUCAAUUAGUACUGGUGUUGGAGAAGUGAUUUUUAGUACUGAUUCCGAAGGUAAUGUUCAUACCGUAACUUCUACAUUUGGUCCUACUGAUGAUUAUACCACCACUUGGACUAGUACCAAUUCCGAUGGAUCAGUUAGUACUGGUACAGGAUUUGUAAUUCUUUCCACUGAUUCCGAAGGUAAUGUUCAUACCGCAACUUCUACAUUUGGUCCUACUGAUGAUUAUACUACCACUUGGACUAGUACCAAUUCCGAUGGAUCAAUUAGUACUGGUGUUGGAGAACUCAUUUUUAGUACUGAUGUUUUGCAAGAUUUGUAUAGUAGUGUUGCUUCCCAUGUUUCUGCAUCUGAUUUGUCUAUUUCUUCGAUUGAUGACGGAGCUAUGUUUACGAAUUUGCCUGAUGUGCCUCAAUUUACGGCAGUGAGGUCGCUUAAUUUUACGGAUGGUGAAGGUUAUAAAUUAGUUCAACCAAUGUCACCAUUUUGGAAUUUGAGUAUUGAUUGGGUUAUUCCUGCUGGUCUGAUGAAGGGAGAUACGUUAGAGUUGGUUCUUCCAAGUGUGUUUGGAUUCUACAAUGAUGCAGCUGCAUUGAAGAAGCGUGACACUGCUGUUGAUGUGAGCCUUUUGACCAGUGCGGGGAUUGUUUAUGCAGAGUGUUUACAGUUAUCGGGUGAGUUAUCAAACUAUAAUUCAACAUUGUCGUGUAUCUUAUUGGAUGAUUCUUCUUUUGACAUAAUUGAUACGAUUAAUAUUGGUAUUAUAUUUAAUGCAGGGGGAAGGAAGUCUGCAGUGGACAUUGCCGCUGCUAACACAUUACACGCUGGGUCUCAAAUUGUCACUUUCACUAGUGGCAAUACGAUAUUACUGACGGAAGUUUUAUUUGAAGGUGGAUCUGCAUCACCAGAAGAUCCAGAAUUAAUUGUAAAUGCCGUCAGAUCAUUGGGAAUAUUAGGAUCUGAUUUCUACUUGCUAGGUUCAACAUGCGAUGUAGGCUAUGGUUCAGGUACAUUAAAUCUUCAGAUCGACGUUGGAGAUUUUGAUUGUGACUCAAUAGAAAUGGCAAUCACCAAUACUCUAAAUGAUUGGUAUUUACCAAUGACUUUUGAAGAUUGGAGUGAAAUUAAUGUAAGCAAAUGUUCUGUCAAUGAAGUAGUGAUUGAUUACAGCAAUAUUCCAGCUGGUUAUAGAGUUUUCUUUAAUAUAAUCAGCAGUUCCAUUGGAUAUGGAAUUAAGGCAGAAUAUAAUACUUCAAAUAUAUGCUUAGAAAAUGUAUCGAAUAGCGAUAACUUGUUGCCAACUUCAACUAUUGAUGUUAGAGUCUCAUCAUCGUUUAUAAGCACUUCAACGUUGUCACGCAUUCCAAACUAUCAAAAUAGUUCAGUAACCACAGGUGGAUCUUUGAUCGGACUGGCUGCUGUAUUUACUUCAACUGAUUCCAAUGGUGGAUUAACCACAAAUACUGGUAUUGUCCCAACUACUACAAGUGUUGAAGGAAAUACAGUUACAACAUCAGGUAUGGUGACCGGAACAACCACAGUUUGUUCUGACAGUGAAGUGGUACUAGAUACUGAUGACAGCGAAGAGAGUUCUCACGGUAACACAUUGGUUGUUGUCCCAACAGGUGAAGAGAAUAGGCAAGACACCGGAUUUACAGCUGUAGCCCCAAGCAGUGUGAAUCUUCAAGAUACUACAUUGAGUACUGUCCCUACCGGUGGAGUGAAACCCGAGGAUACUAUCUUUGCUGCAGUUUUCUCUUCGGAUGGAGAAAUUAAUGCGACACCCUCAUUCAUAUCUGUGUCAACUAGGACUACUGAGUUCAAUAACAAGCCUGAUAUGAGUAAAGAUUCAUAUUUAGUGGAUAUCACUACAGGUGCUGGCACCUCAUAUUCUCAUAGCUUAGAUUUGCCAGUUGUCACAGCUGGUGUAGCUGGUUAUGAAAAUAAUGGAGAACAAUUAUUAUCCACAAAUUGCAUAUUGAUUACAGGUCUUAUUAGUAUUGCUUUAACUAUCGUAUUUGUGUGA